AUGGCGCUCCUCUGUCGCCAUGAUCGCGUUCUGUGGAUGGCAAACAUGAAGUCGAAGGGAGAGAAGCAAUUCUACGUUCUCGCCCUUCUCGAAACCUUGUUCCAGCACCUCCCAGACGAUGUGAUGGUGGCCAUUCUCUAUGACAUUGCCUGCCAACUCCAUCGCUCCCUGCACAAGUGGGGCUUCCUUGCCCCGUUUAUCACCCGGAUGGUUUUUGCGGUCGCGGUCUUCCAUGCCUUUGUGCACCGCCUGGAGUGUCAACUUCGGUAUCACCCUUGGAAACGGGAGGGGCUGGGAUUUACUAGUGGUGAGGGAUGUGAGCGACUGUGGCAUCAGCUCAGUCGCCUGAUUGGCCAUCUCCGUAUCUCCGGGUCCUAUCAUCGAUUGUAUACAUUGAAUGCCCAAGUCCAAUUCAUUGAACAGAACAGCCUUCGCACAUUGGGCGCUUGGAUAUCUCGUCGGCAGGCUUUCAGCGACGAGAAACGCGAGAUGGCUCAAGCCAUCCUGGCCCAUGUUGCCACAAAGGGCUUCGAUCGCGAUGCAUUGGCCAAGCAAUGGGAUCUUCAAGUGGAAGCACAGACAAAGCCGCAUCCCAAUCGUUCCAAGCGCCUCGGGAUUGAGGCGGUCAACGAGGUGCUAGCGCUUCGCGAGGAGAAAAAGUGCGCGCGCGUGCGCGUGGAAGAGGCUCAAGAAGCCUGGGACAAUGCUUCCGAGGCUGAGGAGCAUUCCCGGCUGAUGGCGCGGUCAGCGCUCCUCGAAGCCAAGAUGGAUCUCGAGUCCAUUGAGGAAUCUCUCAAACAGAAGGAGGCGGCGCUUGGCAUAGACAGCAGGGCGAGACUCAAUAAAGCAAAGUCUAAUAAGUUCUUCGAGCAGAGAAUGAAUGCCCUUGCACUGAAGACACGGAUUCGUGAUCUUCUGCGAUCUCGGAACAUGGAGCUGUCAGAGUUGAAGAGAUCAGGUCAUCGGCAGCAAGGUUCCUCUGAUUGGAAACUUCGGAAUGCGAUUGCUUCAUCAGUAAGCAAGAGGCUGCCACGCAUUCGGCGACUUGUGGGGGAGUUCAACAAGCUCUGCGCAAAGCUAGCGGACAUGGCCAUCCACAAUCAGGCACCCAGAGGAGCCAAGAUACCCGUUCCAAUAGUCACAAAGAAAGUCCCAAACCUCGAUGUCGAUGACAAGAUCUGGGAUGAUGUUGGGUUGACAGAUGAGGACUCCAGUAGCGCUCCCCCCGACUGGUUGGUAAACGAAUCGGUCAAGGAGGGUAUCAAGGCUCUUCUUGACGAGAGGCGCGCAUUGGAAGAGGAUCGGUUCCUGCGCAACGAGCGGAGGUCGAUGAAGGCAUGGUUUCAAGAGGAAUGGUCAGUGAUCAACCAUGCUAUCUGCACUGCAGGUGACCCCGCUUUACAAUACCAGUUCGAGAUUCGACGGGUGAAAUUGAUUGAGCUCUGUGCGGAUUGGCGCAAAGAUUUGCCAGCCGAGGACUUUGAAACCAAUUGGGGUCCCUCCGACUCGGACUUGAGUCAGGCUCAAGAAAAGAUGCACCAGCGGCACCGGAACGGUGACCCGGUGAACAGUGACGAGCUCUCAGUCAUUCAGGAGGAUGUGUGUGAGAACGAUAGCUGGGAGUGGGGGGGACCUGAAUGA